CACGCAUUCUUGCUCAAACAACAUGGCCUUCAGUCUGCCCAGUUUUACCUGGCGGCGCGUUUUGGUCUUCGGAUCAACGACCCUAGUCUUCUUUUUCUUCGUCUUCACUCUAACACCAAUCACCUCACCUCUACCACCAUACACGGGACCACAUGAGGUUGGCAUUCUAGACAUCGAGACAGAAGUCCAGAGAAAGGUCAUUCAUGGGGCCAUAUUGAAAGAGUCAGGGGAGAAGGCAUUCGAAUUGGAGACAUUGGCGAUCACACUGUACUACCCUUCUUCUCUGCCUGCUGCGUCGCCGAAUGCUCGGCCAUGGGCCCGUCCGUGGCUACCUCAGCCCGUGUCUCUUAUCGGCGCGGGAUAUGCAAGAAUCGCGUCUGUCCCAGCCCUGCAUCGUGUUUUCACUUUCGCACUCUGGGCACUGGGCUCCAGUACUGUCAUCCCUGGCGUCGUGGAUGCACCAAUCCUCUCCGGAGCCGAAAAGGUUCUGGUAGAGGAGAGCGCUGGUGCCGGUGGCUUGGGCAAGAUCAUGAGCGCAGCAGCACAAGAUCACCAGGAAUUGAAGCGCGACGAGGAUUUUGGAUUGCUACCUUGUGUUGUCUUCACGCAUGGGAUGGCGGGGAUGAGCCAGUCAUAUUCGCAUUAUUUGGGCAGCAUCGCAAGCCAUGGGUACGUGGUUGCUGCGGUCGAGCACCGAGAUGGGAGUGGACCGGGAAGUAUAAUUCACUACCCCGAUGGGAAGGAGAAGAAGGUCUGGCAUAUGACUUUAAAGGCACUCGAGUCCAACCCACCGAUGACAGACGCCGACUUGAAAGCUGUCCAACUUGAGUUCCGCGAACAGGAGAUCGUGGAGACAAUCAAGUUGUUCCAGCAGCUCAACGCCGGUGAUGCGCCAUUGGUCAAUCUCAAGCCAGACUCGCCUCGCGAAUCGCUGCCUGGGUUCAAGCAUCGUUUGAACAUGUCCGCUGUUACAGUCGCCGGCCACUCGUAUGGUGCAACUGGAGUUCUGCAAGCUCUGAAAUCCGCUGGAACCAAAGCAAUGCCAAUCAACGGUGGUAUCGCGUUGGAUCCAGGGAAGGGCUCCGGUCCGCUAAACGAGAACAUUGACGUCCCAUUGCUGGUGUUUCACAGCGGGCAAUGGACUGAGAAACAGGUCCAGUUUUACGGACAGGGCUGGCAUUUCGACGUCGUGCGGAAGAUCGUCGAGAACGUCAAGGAAGGGUGGUUCAUGACAUUGACUGGAUCCGCGCAUCCUUCCUGCACCGAUGCCCCUCUGAUUGUACCCUGGAUUAUGAAGCUGGUCACUGGAACUACAUUAGACUCCAAAACUGCGCUCCGAGAGUACAUCGAUGCGUCCGUUCGUUUCCUCGAAUACCUGAAGACAGGAGAGAAGAAAGGUGUCUUGGAAAGUGAGGUGACUAGUGUAGCAGGGCCCCUGGGCGACGCUGACAAGCGCGGCAAAGUUAAGGGUCCCUAUGGUGCUGAUUGGGAGGUCCAUGUAGUGCCAAAGAUGGCGUAAUUAGAAGGAGAAACUUAGAAUGGGGGCUGGUAAUACAUUAAUAGCAUUUUCAACACUCUUCCGCCUUUUUCCUGUUCUCGAAUGUUCUGCAUGGUUUUGAAGUAGUAGACUUGGAC